AUAUUAACUUUUGUGAAAUUGUGAGGUUAAAUUUAAAAUAACCUAACUUUUCCCAUAAACAGCAUGUGAGAAAUUAAACACAACAUUCAUUUCAACACAAUCACAAGAUGGGUUUGACGAAACAAUAUCUAAGAUACGUUCCAGCUGGAAACUUCAAUAUAAUCGCGAGUCAAAACUGCAAUCUAAAAUUUGUUACACUCGAAGGACAAGAAGGAAGAUUUGUGGCAGUGGGUGCAUGCGAACAUGUGAUAAUAUGGGACUUGAGGCUUGGGGAAAAAGCCCAAGUACUUCCAGGAGAAAAGGCGUCAGUAACAGCUCUUUGUGCUAGCCCCAAUAAAAGACACUUAGCAGUCGGUUACUCCGAUGGAAACAUUCAAAUUUACGAUUUGAAGUCAGCAGAAGUGAUUAGUAUUUUUUCAGGCCAUAGAUCAGACAUCACAACUUUGGCAUUUGAUAGUUACGGACAUAAAUUAGCGUCAGGAUCAAAAGACACUGAUGUUAUUGUGUGGGACACUGUGGCCGAAACUGGACUUUGUAGACUGUCAGGCCAUAAAGGUCCAAUUACUCAGAUUGCAUUCAUGUCCCAACAUAAUAUUCUAAUAAGUGGGUCCAAAGACAGUUUUGUCAAGUUUUGGGAUUUGGAUACUCAACACUGUUUUAAGACACUCACAGGUCACAGGACAGAGGUUUGGGGUUUGAGUUUAGUCAAAGAUGACCAGUACUUGGUAACAGGAUGUGGUGAUGCAGAACUUAGAGUCUGGAAGUUAUCACAAAAAGACCCUGACACAGAAAACAAAAGCUCUAUUGAUCAUUUAACGUCAACAUUGGAACUCAUUGAUUUACAUGAAUCAGAUGACUUGAAUCACCCUUUGCAGUGUCAUAAAAUAGGGUCUUUACUGAGGGCUGGUAAAGGCAGAGUAGUCUCAAUGUUCUGUGAUGGCAGCGGUCAAGUAAUUGGCUGCCAUGGCACUGAUACACAGUUGGAAUUAUUUUAUUUUUGUUCAGAUGAUGAAGCACAAGUGCGUUUGAAAAAACGACUCAAGAAAGAAAGGAAGAAUAAAAAAGAAAUAGAAGGCCAAGAGAUCCAACUUGAUUUGCAGUUGAGUUUAAGGGAUCAAGUUAAGCGAUUGGUGCCAAUAAGAUUAUCAAAUAAACCGAAAUCAUUGGAUUUGGUGCUUGGCAAUGGGGGCGAAUUGAGAGUCUCUGUUAAUCUGUCCAAUAACACUGUUGAACUGUACACAAUUCAAACAGCUGUGAAAAAUUCUGAAGCAACAUGUUUGAGAUCUAUCGUCAGCCAGGGACAUCACAGUGAAGUUAGAUCAGUAUGUUUUAGUAAUGAUAAUUUAGCAAUUGCGUCUGGGAGCGCAGAGGCUGUCAAAAUGUGGAAUCGACCCUCACAGGCUUGUCUGAGGACUGUGGAAACAGGGUACAUUUUAUCUUGCAUCUUUGUCCCCGGAGAUCGUCACGUCUUGGCAGGUUUGAAGAAUGGCGCUUUACUGAUUAUCGACAUUGCGGCGGGGGAUAUAUUGGAGGAAAUUCCGGCACAUACCGAGGAGUUGUGGGCCAUUUGUUUACAACCAGAUCAAAGAGGUUGUGUGACGGGUGGAGGCGACAAGACGGUCAAAUUUUGGCAAUUCGAAUUAGUAGUCGAUGAGAAAAGCGAAAGUAAAGCCAAAGUUCUUUCACUUCUUCAUGUCAAGACUUUGAAACUCGAGGAUUCUGUCUUAUGUGUGAAAAUCUCGCCCAACGGUAAAUUUAUUGCAGUGGGCCUUUUAGACACAACAGUGAAGAUAUUUUUUAUCGAUACUCUAAAGUUUUAUCUCUCAUUAUACGGCCAUAAACUCCCGGUUCUUUGCUUAGAUAUUUCAUCCGAUUCCGCUUUAAUAGCAACCGGGUCCGCCGAUCGCAAUGUAAAAAUAUGGGGAAUGGAUUUCGGUGAUUGCCAUAAAAGUAUUUUUGCCCAUGACGAUUCCGUCACUGGUUUACAGUUUGUACCACGAACCCAUUAUUUUUUUACUUGUGGGAAAGAUGGUAAAGUCAAACAGUGGGAUGGCGACUCUUUCGAGAAAAUAAUAACGCUUCAAGGCCAUGCAGGUGAAGCCUGGGCUUUAGCCGUGAGUCCGAACGGCCAAUUUGUCGUUUCCUGUGGAGCAGACCGUGUUUUGCGACUUUAUGAAAAAUCGGAACAGCCUUUGGUGUUACAAGACGAGCAAGAGGAAGAAAGAGAGCAACAGGAAGUGCUCGCGACGGGAGAACAAACGGUUAUUCCGGGUCAGAGUGGUUUGAACUUACCUUCGAAGAAAACUGUUGGGAGCGAAAAGGCUGCCGACAGCAUUCUGGAAUGUUUGGAAAUUUGUGAAAAAUACAAGGAACAGUUGGCUGAGCACGAAGCUCUCCAAGCGGCCUCCAGUCGUACCUUACCGCCACCUCAGCCACCUUUACUCAUGCAAGCUUUGAAUGUUUCAACUCCUGACGAUUUUCUUUUAGAAACAAUCAGGAGAAUACGGCCAAGUGAUUUAGAAGAGGCCCUCCUGUUACUACCAUUUGCAUCAGUUUGUGAAGUGUUACAAAUUUUACCGGCCUUGAUCGCAAGAGGCGAUCAAAUAGAAUUGGUUUGCAAAAUUUGCAUAUUUUUAUUGAAGUUACAUCAUUCACCUAUUGUGGCAAACCACACGCUACUCGUAACGCUUAAACAAUUACAAAAGUUGGCUUUCACUAAAGUACAGGAAUUGAGGGACCUUGUUGGCUAUAAUUUGUAUGGUAUGCAGUUCAUUCAGAGGGAAAUUGAAGCGGCUGAAGGAGUUCAGUUGUUCAGAGACGCUACUUUAGAGAAGAAGAAAGGCGAUAAAAAACGUAAAAAACGUGAGAAUUUAAAAAGGUCAAUGAUUGUUUUAAAUAGUUGAUUGGAAAUAAACAAUGUUUAAUAUUGAA